AUGGCCACGGCUGGAAUAACGGGACCCUUCGUUGGGUCUGAAGACAAACUGCACUCUAAGCUUCUCAACCUGCCUGGAGACCUCGUCGACUACAUCUUGGACUAUGCUCGUCCUCGCGAUGUGGCCCGGUUAUGUCGCGUCGCGAAGGGCCUGCAUGCCUUUGCACACAGGGCUUUGUAUCGCGAUGUGUUUAUGACUACCCCGGCACGCAUGGUGAAAUGCUGCGAGACUCUUGCAGCCAACCCUUCUGCCGCACGCGAGGUAAGGACUGUGUCAAUACGAUUCCGAUCUAGUCGAAGCAGAGACUCCGGUCUUGGUGAUUCGUACGGGGUGGUUGAAGCGGCAUUCCUGUCUCUACCGGACGUGCUCGCGCUAGAAAUCAUAGUGACCACGCAGGACUUCGUCCACAUCCUAGCUAAAUGCAGAUGGCCCAGGCUUCGCCGAUUCCAGUCCUUUCUUCCAACCCUACCAGAACUGCUGACUUUCAUGGCCCACCACCCUACCCUCCGCAGCGUCUUCUUCUCCUUCCAGUGCAACCCCGCAACUCUGUCUCCCAUCCUCUUACCCAACGCCGAGAAAUUCAUCGGCCCCAGUCAGCUCGUGCCGCUUGUUAUCCCGGGCUCAAGGACGAACGAGGUGAACUUGGUCUCGCAGCCCACCCACUCGCAGCUCGAGUCUGCCCUCAUAGCGAUGCAGCAGUCUACGGCUACCGUGACGAGUUUCAGUUUGCUCGUGCAAGACUGGGACGUUGAUCAUCUCACGUUGAUCUCCAAGUAUCUCCCUGAGCUCGAGACUCUGGAUAUACGCAAUUCUUGGGCGCGCACAGGGCCUGACAAUCCUUCGUCUCGCACGAUAUUCUUGUGUACAUUGUCCCCGUUCUUGAAAGACUUUACCAAGCUCGAGUCCCUCAAGCUCGUGUCAGACGACGACAUCGGAGAAGACAUCAGCCUCGCCAUGGCACUCCUGGAUAUCGAGGCAGUCAUUGUCGGUGGCUUCGGCCUCGCCUGCCCGACAUUAUCCACCUGCACUAUGACAAGCGGCGUUACUUGGUUCAAGCUGCAGUCCUGCCUGUGGAUACCCCGGAACGACCGCCCCAUAGGGCGCGCGUGGGUGCGCUACCUGCUGGAAACCGGCCUCCACCCCAUCGUCAAGUCCCUUGACAAGGAAAGCGCCGAGCUGAUGAUAACAUCCAUACGGAACGUGCUGCAGAGCAACCCGGAGUGGUAUGGCGAGGACGAAGACGCAGUCGAUUCCGAUGAAGAGAGCGAUCCUGAUGACGGCUAUGGGUUCAUUUCCGACCACGACGGCCUGGAUGAUGGAGAGGAGGCAUUGCUGGAAAUUUAGUGCUGCGUGGUUAUCACAGUUUCCAGUCGGGAGUGAUAUACCAACGGAUUGCGG